AUGAGCCUGAGCGUGAUGUCCGGCUCGACGCACAAUCUGGCCGCGCUGCUGGACGGCGCCUCGCUGCCGGGUUCGCACGCAUCGUCCAGGACGUCGAUGGACAGCGGAGAUCGGAUGCGGAGGGUGAUCAUAGUCGCCAACAAACUUCCUGUUAAGGCCAAACCCCACCCGCGGGGGGGCUGGGCAUUUGAGUGGGACGACGAUGCUUUGAUUCUUCAGGCCAAGGAUGGAAUAGAUGAGUCUUUAGAGGUUAUGUAUGUGGGAGGCCUCUCCGUGGAAGUCGAUCCUGCUGAUCACGAGGCUGUGGCAUCCAGACUUCGCCGGUUGCAAUGUGUGCCUGUGUUCCUGGAUAAAGAACUAAAGGAUAGAUUCUACAAAGGUUGCUGCAAGCAACAGCUCUGGCCACUGUUUCAUUACGUGCUGCCCAAUGCCCCAUUGUGCAACCAGCGCUUCGAUUUAGGAAUGUGGCAAGCCUACAAGCGAGCGAACAUGGUGUUUGCUCAGCAAGUGAUCUCAGUGUUGGCUUCCAAGAAGAACUACGUUUGGAUUCAUGAUUACCACCUUCUGGUUCUGCCAUCACUGCUGAGGAUGAGGAUAGAGAACAUCCGUUGUGGGCUCUUCAUGCACUCUCCGUUUCCGUCCUCUGAGAUUUUCAGGACGUACCCAAUGAGAGAGGACAUCUUGCGGUCGAUGCUGAAUGCUGACCUUGUUGGCUUCCACACAUUUGACUACGCUCGGCACUUUCUGUCCUGUUGCUCAAGGCUACUUGGCCUGGAGCAUCGCACAUCAAGGGGUUCGCUGGGUGUCGAGUACUAUGGGCGGUACGUGGGAAUCAAGAUCAUGCCAACAGGUGUGAAUCCUGAGCGUUUUUUAACGGGCAUGAAAUGGAACGACACAAAGUGGCGCCGAGGUGAGCUGCUGUCCGAGCACAGCGGCAGAAAGAUUCUGAUCGGUGUCGACGACAUGGACACCUUCAAAGGUAUUGACCUGAAGCUCAGUGCAUAUCGCCAAUUUUUGGAGCUUCACCCUGAGUGGAGAGAACAAGUCGUGCUGAUUCAGAUCACAAAUCCUAUUCGUCAGAGCGGCCCGGAGAUCCAAACUCUGCUGAAGUAUGUAAAGAGUCUCAUUGAAGGUAUCAACAAAGAUUUCGGCAGACCAGGAUAUCAGCCAGUCAUCCAUCUGGAUCGGCCCAUGCCCAUUUACGAGAAGAUGGCGUUCUAUUCCAUCGGAGACGUCUUGGUCCUGACUGCAACGCGAGAUGGGAUGAAUCUGGCACCCUAUGCAUAUGUGGUCUGCAGGCAGGGAGCCCCAGCAGAAGAAAAUGCUCCAAAGACCUCUGGGCUUGUUGUUUCAGAAUUUGUUGGCUGCUCACCUUCCCUCUCUGGCGCUAUACGGGUGAACCCUUGGAGCAUAGACAGCGUGGCGGAUGGCAUCUACUCAGCGCUCACUAUGCCCCUGGAAGACCAGCAGUUCCGGCACGACAAGCAUUGGCGUUACGUAUCGCAGCACACUGUGGCCUUCUGGGCGCAGUCGUACACGACGGAGUUGGAGAGGAUCACGCAGGGCCACCACACCAUGAAGUGCUACAAGCUGGGGCUUGGGCUGAACACGUUCCGGAUGGUUGCACUGGACAAAAACUUUAGGAAACUUGAUCCCUCCCAGCUGUUGGGGGCCUACAACAAAUCAAGUCGCCGUGUACUCCUUCUGGACUACGAUGGGACUCUCAUUCCACCAAACUGCCUGAAGCCCAACCCUCCCAGCAAAGUGCUGGCAGUCUUGAAUGCACUGUGUAGCGACAAGAAAAACUUGGUAUACAUGAUCAGUGGGCGAGCAAAGAAAGAUCUGGCCGAGUGGUUUGGUUCUGUGGAUAAUCUGGGCUUGGCUGCAGAGCACGGCUUCUUCUUCAAGAAGAUAGGUUCCGACAAAUGGGAAGCUGCGCAUGGUACAGACGACUUCAGCUGGAAGCAGUUGGCAUCAGAAACAAUCAAGCAUUACACAGAAUCAACCGAUGGUACCACACUUGAGGAAAAGCAGAGUGCACUUGUGUGGCAUUAUCGGGAUGCAGAUCCAGACUUUGGAAAUUGGCAGGCCAAGGAGCUAAUGGAUCACCUGGAGGAGAUACUGAGCAGCGAACCUGUGGAGGUUGUGAGCGGGCACUUCAUUGUGGAGAUCAAGCCGCAGGGCGUCAGUAAGGGGCAGAUGGUGGAGCGUGUGUUGACCGAGGCCACCACAAAGGGGAGCCCGCCAGACCUCGUGCUGUGCAUCGGGGAUGAUCGUUCAGAUGAGGACAUGUUCACAGCCCUGGAACAGGUCGCUUUUUCGCCACACAUGCCAGCAGAGGUGUUCGCAUGUACAGUCGGACAAAAGCCCAGCAAAGCCCAAUUUUAUGUGGACGACACUGUGGACGUUGUGGCCAUGCUGGAGAAGCUGGUCAGCCUUCCAUGA